AUGUAUCUUCAGCAACAGUGUCGAACAGCAAUAUAUCAUGAUCUAUGCGUUCAAACUCUUUUACCAUAUACAGUGAAAACCGUACCAGGCCCACAACAAUUAGCUAAGAUUUCAUUAGCAGUGUGCCUGUCGAAAGCUAGGCAGACGAAGGAGUACGUGGAUAUGGUGGCAAAACAAUUCAACAAAACGAAGAAUUAUAAAGAUAGCCAAGGUGUGCAAGAGUGUUCACGACAAAUCAACAAUGGAGUUAAUCAAAUAACGCUAUCAGUGAAGGAGUUCCAACGAAUUGAAAAGGAUGCUGAGGAAAAUUUCCCACUUCAUGAGGAUAACAUGCAAAGUUGGGUUAGUGCUGCUCUAACGGAUAUUGAUAUGUGCAUUGAUGGAAUACUUGGGGAUGUGAUCGGGGGGAGGGAGAAGGCGAUUAUGAAGGCAAAGAUCUUGAACGUGAAGCAACUCGCUAGUAAUUCGCUUGCGAUGUUGAACCGGUAUACUUUAAGACACCGUGCCUCUCAUAUCGUCAAGAAUCCCUAA